CUUGACAACGUCAAACAUUACGUCACAGAAAUCCAAGUGGGACGACUGAGAUUUUGUGUUUGACGACAGAAUAAUAACGUAAAUGUUUGACAUGUUAUCAGGAUAAGGCGUGUAAUCUUUAUAGAUAAGAAUGGAGAAGGAGGUUCCUCCUGAACAGAGGAGACUUGCAGAAUAUUGGCCUCCAACUGGAAAGUGUCAGCUCAGACCCCUUGAGCGUAAACAAAGAGGAGUCUACUCGGAUGAUAUUAUUAACAAUCCAAGGUUCAAGAUUAUUUCAGAUGGCAAACUACAACCCUCAGUGUCCAUGAUCAGAGAGUCUCCCUACACCGCUCCUGUCACGGUGGACUUCUGUAAAGUGACCGAUUACUUCAGCAGUGGUGGUGACAAACCCAAGGUCCAGAUUCCACAUAAAUCAAUGCCUGGAUCUGUUCCUCGCAGAAUUGCAGUGGAGAGACUGCGUCGACAGUACAUGAAGACUGACAUUGAACAGCUUUUAUUUGACCAAGGCAUUGACAUCAGUCGACUACAACCCAAACACUUUGGCGAGCAAAUGAACAGCUCUGUUAACGGCUACUUACCGCUUGAGAUCUUCGACAAUGAGGAUUUUGACUGUCGUACACCGGGGGACUGGCUGGCCUUGGGAAAACCUGCCGGAUCUGGAGGACAAAAACCAGUUCCAGCAAAAGCACUCUUACCUAUAGAGGAGGGGUUAUUUGUGGACAACUCAAGUGAAACCUCUUCAAUGUAUCACUGGCAUCUGGUUGGUGUGCUUGACUAUAGUGAGGAGACACGUCGGUACCUUGUAGAAAAGGUUGUUCUCAGUCGUAAACUACAGGAAGAAACCUCGGAUCAAUGGAGCAAUCGCACAAAGCAAGAGCAAGGUGUGAGCACGGUGGUUACGUGUGGCAAACACUGGGUCCCCAGGAUCAGGUUGUUAUUUUGUGCCGAGGACCCUCGUGUUUUUGCCAAGCGACUUCAGUUUGCAUUGUCCUGUAGAGAAGAGACAGAAGCGCUCCUCCUCUACCACCUGUACGUAGACUGCAUGCCCGUCUGCGACGGUUCACCGUCUAUUGACAGCCUCGCUCUUCAACGGAUCACGAAGAAUGCACUAUCUGCGCCCGGCUUCACACCCAAAACUUUGGAGACGUGCGUGCAGACUCAGGAGACGGAGGUGAAAUUACAGUAUGAUCGUGCGAUGAACAGCAUGGUCUUUGAUGCAGUGGUGAGGAGCAGUCCUGAACUGUUCUCAUAUGUCAAGCUGCCCCAGGAAUAUCUGCCUCCGAAAGGUCCUGCUGCUUUGGUGCCCCUGCCUUCGUACUCGGAGAACAAAAGAUUGUUUUCAGUGACAUCCCUGCUGAACAGUUCAGACGUGAUUAAAGUGCUGUCUGAAGUCCAAUCUCAGUGCAGUAAAGUUGCCAACAUGAAGCUGUUCAACGUCUCCUUCAACAAACCACUCGGUUUGGAAGAGUUUAGAGGGAACCAGUCUCAAAUCCACACUCAGACAAGCUUGUUUCUUCAUGAAUCCUGGGUUCCCACGUUAUGCAACAGUUUCCGGUGUAACUUUGGAAGUCAUGUCAAAGGUGCUUACAAUCUGAGGGAGUCCUGCUGGGAGGUGUACAACACCUCCAGGCUUCACCGCUUCAUGCCCUUGGUGAGGUACCACAUGGAGGACGCUCUUCGCCACCUCGUGCGCAGCUCUCUGGUCAGUCUAGGCCAUGUGAUCCUGGACGCCUGCUCAAGUCUGGUGACAUGUCCAGCGGACAUGGUUUGGGGAGACAGCCUCAUCACCAGCUGUUUUCAACCAAAAAAUCACCCUGUGUUCCAUGUGGACCUCGUUCUGGCUCCAAGUGGGGCUCAUUACUCUACACCUGUCGAGGAAUUCCAGACAGCUGUCACGCACCUGUUUGAUGAAGGCAUUCGCUCCACGCACAACGUACCACGACUAGAGAAGUUUGUCUUGCCAAACCUGUUCUUUGGAGGUGAUCCAGUCAUCAGCUCUGUAAGCCUGUGGGAAGCAGAGGUGGUGGAGUUGAGAGAGAAGAUUUCUGGUGCUCUCUCUAAAGCCGCUGUUGUUCUGAAGGCUUACGCAGCUGAAUAUUCACAAUUUAUAGAUCUACACAACACGGAUGUAAAUGGCUCUUUCAAAUCAGCUAUGGAAGGUUGCCAGACAUCUCAGGAAGUGAGGAAGGAAUUAGAGCGGCAUCUUAAAGAGAAGGACAGACUGGAGCAGUUGCUCCCAACGUCUCUUGUCAUUGGUCCGUUCCUGAUUCAGCUUGAGACUGUCCGACAGUCUCUCUUCAACAAAACAAAUGCUUUAGUCAUAGCCACUCUCAAACACUUUGCUUCAAUACUCUGCAACCAAGUUGAUGACGUGUGUGAAGAGUGUGACGUUAUACACAAGAAACUACACAAAAUGCCCGACAGCAUUGAGGAACUGUCGGAGAAGAAACUCUGGAUGGAACAACUCCCAGAUCGACUGGACUAUUACAAGGAAACUCUUGUGAAAAUUCUCUCAGAAUAUGAACUCUUACAUGAGUUCUGCCACGUAAUACCAAAACAAGACGUCAACAAGAGGUUCACAGCAAUGGUCUGGCCAUUGAAGAUAUCUAAAGAUAUCCAGGCAGUCACUGCCCAACAUGUGGAACUGGAGCAUCAUUUUCAAAAGAACCUGCAGUCUGACCAGAACAACUUUGAGGACCAUCUUGACUCAUUACAGGAGCAGGUUGCUGGUUUGGGAGGCCAUGUAGACAUGGCUCACGCUCAUGAUAUCGUAAAUAAAGUAAGAAGCACGGGGAGGCUCCUCCAAGAAUCCCAGGCUCUGGCUGAAACCUACAACAACAGACAGCGUCUGCUCGGCCUGGCUGUCACAAGCUAUGAUCGAGUAGAGGCAAUGGUGAAGGACUUCCAGCCCUACAGCGCCCUCUGGACAACGACCUUUGAUUGGCUUCAUUGGCAGAAGAUUUGGCUCAAUGACCCACUGACAUCCAUAGAGCCGGAGAUGCUGGAAAGAAACGUCGCCCAAGCUCUUGAAACAAUGGCAGGAUGUGUCGAGCAUUUCAAAGAAACUCCUGGCUGCCAGGUGGUUGCGACUGAAAUCCACGGCAAGAUCAAGGACUUUGCAAGGCACAUCCCUAUGAUUCAAGGACUGAGGCAUCCUGGGAUGAAGCCCCGCCACUGGGAGAUGCUUGCACAACAAACUGGGAUCAUAUUCAUGCCUGUCACGGAUCUAACCUUCUCCCUUUGUCUGGAUCUGGGACUACAGAACCAUGUCGCUGCCGUGGCUGAGGUGGUGGAAAUAGCUGAGAUGGAAUUUGCCGUUGAGCAGAGUCUGGAGGAGAUGCAGCACAGCUGGUCAACUGUUUGCCUGGAUGUGCUGCCACACCAGGAGUCAGGCUCUUACAGAGUGCAAGUUCCAGAGGAAGUAUUUUCAUUGCUCGAGAGCCACCUAGCUGUGACACGAAAUAUGUACACCUCCCCUGUCAAAGAAGUAUUUGAUGACCGCAUCCGCAGCUGGGAGCUUAGGCUUACACUUGCUAAAGAAGUGCUGCUGGAGUGGCUUGCUUGCCAGAGCUCAUGGGUCUGUCUGGAGUCUGCAUCGUCCUCUGAUGCCAUUGGUCAAAUAAUUCCAGAGGAGGCCAAGAUGCAUAAACAUGUCGACAGAGUGUGGAGGAGAAUCAUGAAAAUUGCAUUUGACAAUUCAAAGGUGAUGGAUUUGUGUUCUGAGGACUGUUUACUGGAUGAAUUAAAAUUGUGUAACAAAGUGCUGAAAGGCCUGGCUCAAACGCUGGAAAACGGGGCUGACAGUGGACUCAAGUCUUUCAUUUGACUUGGUUUGAGAGAACUCAGGGGCUCAAGGAAAAUCUAUACUGCAUUCAAAAACACCUCUUGCAAUUAUACUGAAUUAUAUAUUGAUGCUAAAAUAAUGGACCACAUUUGUCUUCAAGUUCAUCAAUUGUUACAGACUGUGUGCAUGUCACUGGCUCGUGUUGGGAAGAUGUAAUAGUCAACAAAAUGUCCCGUCAUUAUCAGUAAUACACAUGUUCAUAAUGUCGUAUUCUAAAACUGAUCAAAACAUUUGUUCAUAUGUUCAUAUGUAAAACUGCAGUCUUAAGAUGUGGGUGAAGGAAGACUGUCUUUUCAGAAACUGGCCAUGUUUAUUCAGGAAUAACUGAUCUGCUCCAACAUAAGUGCUUCAACUGUUGCCGUGUCACAUGGGACUUUUUUUUUUUUACCUUCAAACUCAAAUAUGCCAUAGAUCCAGAAGUGUAAAAAGCAAAGAUGUGUGCUUUUAAUACAUUUGAUAACUAACGAUGAAAGGAGCAAAUGCCAUUAAUGUACAUUUCAUUCUGGUCAGGAAUGUGCCUUUUAUGAGGUGAAGGGCAGCAGUUACAUCACUAAAAUGGCGGACCAUCAAAGACAUCAAGGCACAGCACUUGGUGAAGAGCAGUAAAUAUGGAGGUGCACAGGAUCCCGGGGAGCCAGAGGAGAGAAGGCAGAGAACCACUC